GUGUCUUGUUCACAGUCAGUCUAGUAAAGAUCGAUUUGGAGAGUUAUUGGUUGUAAGUGAAAAUGAAGUAGCGGAAGCUGAACCUAAGGAUACUAGCUGUAAAGAUUUUGAUGCUGUUUGCCUUCUGAGUAGAAGCAGUGCUUAUGUCACAGGUGAAAUACUGAAACAUCUUAAACCAGGAGCUAGUGUUAUUACAUGUACCCUCGACGGAGCUGAAAUUAUGAUGCUUAAUCCAUGGAUUUACGUGAAAGAUGUCCACUUUAUUUUGACUAGUUUACAAGACAUUACUAAGAGUUCUACCGAUUUUUCUAAGCUAUUAGAUUCGUGUUAUUCAGUUUUGAAAUCGAAAGGGCUUUGGAGCAAGCUUCUAGAUAUAACUCAAAAAGCAUCCAGCAUUUACGAUGUUAUGCAACGUGGCGAUGAAUCCAAUAACCGAUGCCUACCUGAAGUUGAGCGAAAAGGGAACUUUAGUUUAAACAUAAUUUCUGUGAAGCCAGAGACUGUUCCUGGGCAGGUUGAUUUCUAUAAUCUACCACUUGACAUCAAUGGUUUGAAAGAUGAUCGAACUUAUCUUGUCAUUGGCGGCGUUCGAGGUUUUGGGUUCCAAAUCGCAAGAUGGAUGGUUGAAAAUGGGGCAAAAACAGUCGUGUGUACAGCGCGUUCACAACCAAGUGAUGAAAAGAUUUCGGAGGUUCAACAAUUGGAGAAGAAAACUGGAUCUCGUAUCCUUCUACGUCAAGCAGACGUAACAUCUUGGGAAGAAAUGAAUACAGUUAAAAACGAACUCGAAAGUCUACCUGAUGUAGCUGGAAUCGUUUUUACCGCUAUGGUAUUGGCCGACCAGUUUCUCAAGAAAGCCGAUUUAAAGACAUGCAGAAAUGUUGUAGGGACAAAGGUGAAAGGGAGUGUAAUCCUUCACCAACUCAGUCUUACGAUGGAUCUAGAUUUCUUCAUUAUGUUUUCCUCAAUAUCCGGAGUUCUUGGUAAUGUUGGCCAAGCAUCUUACGCUGCAGCUAACACAUUUUUAGACCAACUAUGUGAAUAUCGUCGAAACAAGCUUGGCCUGCCUGCUUUGUCUAUUAACUGGGGACCGAUUAGUGGUGCUGGAGUACUGGAAAGAAAUGCGGAUAUCACAUCAGUCCUGGAAACAUACGGAUUUUUUCCUCUUCACUAUACGCAAGCAACUGAGUUUAUGGAACGCAUCAUUCUUAAAAAUUUUAACGAAGCUCAAGUUUGCAUAUCUCCUGUGAAUUGGCAAGUUUAUCUUAGAAGUCAUACUUCUCCGAGGUUCCAAUGGAAACGAGAAGAAACGCUGCUAGCCGUGGAUAAUGUCAUGACAUUGGAGAGCCUAGCACUGCUACCGUUGGAUUUGAGAAUUCAAAAUGUUCAAGAUUUUAUUAGGCGUUUGCUGAGUUCGUGGUCAGGUAGUGAGGCUUCUGAAGUGGACUUAAACCUCGGCCUGUACAAGUUUGGAAUCGAUUCAAUUGCUGCAACAAACAUGAAACAUCGAAUUGAAAACAACAUUGGGGCUAAAUUUGAGGCAUAUUAUUUCAUCCAACCAAAUGUGAAUGGUCUAAAAAUCGUCAAUGAUAUUCUGGAACAAAUAGAAAACGUAGAAUCGACGAGUGCGGACAAUGAAUCCUCGAAAGAAAUAAAGCAAAGGAAACGCAGUUUGUCAAGUAACCAUAAGGAAAAAAAUAAAAUUGUUUUACCUGAAAUUAACAACAAUGACACCGUUAAGAUUGAAAGAAUUAACCAUGGGCUUGAGCUGCAGAACAUAAAUAUUCCUUCAAUCCCAGAGAAAGUUAUUCCAAUUUAUACUCCUGAUAACGUAUUUGUUAAAGUUUUUAUGACACACUCCAGCGAAAAGUCGGCACUUGGACUAGCGUCAUUCGCGCAAGGUUUCCAAAAACAGACACAUGUUGCAUUAUAUGGUAUUGGAGUGAACGAUACGUCAUUUGAGAGUAGUGAAUAUGGAUCAGUGUUAACACUGGCUCGAAGAUAUGUAGGUUUAAUAAAAGAAAUCCAGCCUGAAGGUCCAUUUUAUCUUGCUGGCUACUCGUUCGGCGGUUUGUUGGCUUACGAAAUGGCAAGUGAACUGAAAAGAGAUGGUGAAACUGUUGCGAUGGUGUUCAUGGUGGAUACGUUCGCAUGGCACCCUAAAGCCCUGACAAACGGCAAAGAAUUCAUGAGAAAAAUCACAGAGUUAACCUUGAAGUCAACGGAAAAAUAUGUGACAAGACGACUGCUCGAAAAAAUUGCCUUCGUCGAAAUGGGUAAAAGUGAACAUGACGUCAAUGAUUAUUACGAGGAAUUACAAGAUCAGGAAAAGGUUAUCGCUGUUUUGGAGAGUGAAGCUGCUGAAAAGAAUAUUGAUCUUCGUUUGAAAGACAGAAUUGAGACUACUAAGUACGAAGUCAAAUCUGCUGCUGAAGCUCAUUUAGAUUGGCAGCCUUCUAAGGUAUCCUAUGACGGGGUAUUGACAUUCGUUUGCUGUGACGAGACUAAGUCGUUCUCCCUAAGCAAGCCAGAGAUAUGGAAAACGUUAGUUGAAAGAAUAGAUUUCCUUUACGCGCCUGGAAGUCAUCUAAAAGUACGAGAUGGAAUUAGUGGAGAAAAUUGUGGAUCCAUGAUAAUGACAACAGCAGCAAUGAGCUAUCUUUCAAAAUCUCAACACCACAAUUUCCUGGCUGUAAGAACAAGACGUCAAGAGAAAUUGGUGGAAUUUCUAAAGCAAGGAAUACAAAUCUGGAUGCUUUCAAGUUUCUCAAAAUGGGUGAAAGGCACUCUCCAGUUAAAUUCGGAAGAAACAGAGUUUAAUUUUGAAUAUAAAUUGUUAGGAUUUUAUACAGUACGAAAAUUCUUUGUCAAAGAUUUGACAAACAUCAUGCCUGGUAGGCAUGUUGAUGAAAUCCGUAAGCGCCAUGGCAACAAUCCUUUCAUUGAUUUCCUCACUUGUAUGCUGACCAAAAACGGCGGGAUUUGGACGUUUCGUUCGUUAGAUUUUCAGCGGCUCAAAAUGCUGGUAGAUGCUUUGGAAGCUCUUUUUGGAAUACCGUUCGUGCAGUGACGGGGACUAUAAAGGAUUACGUUAAAUCAUUAUAAUUUCAUAUAUAAGGUUAAU